CUAAUAUACUAUGUAUACGUACUCCUAUUAGGUAAAUAAACUAUACCUAAUAGAAUUCUUAUAGGCUUAGUAUUGUACUUUACAUUAAACUCUCUCUAAUAUAAAUAUAUCUGCCAGGGCUCCUCAGGGAGUAACCUUUUCCAUUAUUUCACAUGGUAUUAAGAGCACAGUAAAAACCCUAAUAAUUUUUUUUUCGAUUCUCUCUCUACUGCCGCCGCCAGAGAUGACCUCUCCCUCCACGCAGGCUUCUUCCGCAGCGUUGUCCAUGGCAGUUUCCUCCGCCGCUGGUCUAUCUUCUUCUUCCGUCGCGGCAGGAAUUUCCCUAUCGCCCGGCGCUCCACUUCGGUACGGAACGCAGCCGGCCACCAACUCCGAAACAGGUGUGACAUUUUCAUCCUCCUUCGCUUCUCCCAGCCGGACCGCCGUGCCUCACUCUCUUUUUCCGACCAUGCCUCCGGCGUUUCCUUGGCCGGCACCUACUCUAGUACAGCGGAUGUCUUUAGAUCCGCCACCCCUCUCGGCCGGGCCUUUUUCUGGACCCACGUUUGUUGGAUCACCGGGUGUCUCCUCUACCCUACCCCCUCUUCGGACCACCGUGGGCAGUGCAGCCGGUUCCCCCUUGGCAGACCUUGUACACAGCAUCUCUCAUGUCGCUACUAAUGUCACCAAUAUUGUUACCACAAAGCUCCUAGCAGUGGAAGACUAUACUACUUGGCGUACCCAGUUUGAGUCCUUUCUUGUCUCACAAGGUCUUCUUGGCAUGGUUGAUGGCUCCAUUCAGGUACCCCCUGCUUAUUCCAUAGAUGCUCUUAACCGUCAAACUCACAAUCCCGAAUUUUCUACUUGGUUAAGAAUUGAUCAAACCAUCCGUUCAUGGUUAUUUGCAACCCUAUCUAGGGAUGUUCUUAUCGAUGUACGUGAUUUAAAACAUUCAUAUGAAAUUUGGGAGCGGUUGGAGUCUCGGUUUAUGUCUGCUAGUUUAGCGAGAUCUAUGGAAUUAAAGCGUUUAUUUAAUCAAAUUAAAAAGAAACCUGAUCAGUCCAUGGAUAAUUAUUUGCGAGAAAUUAAAACAUUAGCUGAUGAUCUUGCCACAAUCAAUUGCCCUGUGCCUCAGCGUGAAAUUUUAAAAACUACUUCUAUGGGUCUAGGACCUGAGUAUGAAUCUUUAUACACUACUGUGUCCUUAUUUGGACAAAAUUUCCCGUUUGAGACUCUCCGUAAUCAUCUUCUUGAGUUAGAGCAGCGGGUUCUUUAUCUCCGCUCCCAGGAGUCCAAGUCCAUUCAUCAGGCGUUUGGCGCGGCUGUUUCAUAUCCCAGGCAGUCGUCUGGGCAGCAGCCAACCCAGCAGAAUUCAGGAUCCACUCACCCGGUCGGGCAGCAGACUUACCCGGUCGGGCAGGCUCGGCAGAACGACGCUCCACAGCGCGGGCGAGGACGUGGGCGCGACAGAGGCCGCGGAGGCAGGGGGCGUGGUCGAGGACAGCAGCAGCAGGCAUAUUGGUUCCCCCAGGGGCAUCCAAUUUAUUACCCCGGAGGGGGUGGGCAGCAGAGUACUCCUGCAGGGGGUGUGACAUCUACGGGUACUGUUAUUUGUAAUUCUGCUGUGUCACAUUUAAAUAUUAAUGCUUUACCUGUCUGUGUUACUAACAUUAGUCAUACAGGCUUGCCAUCAGACGGAGGUAUUCUUGGAUCUGUUCCCCACCCUGUUGUCUGUCAAAUUUGUUUUUCUGCAGGUCAUUCUGCCAUUAACUGUCCUUCUCGUUUCACACAACCAACGUCUCCUGCUCUGUUGACUACUCCCGGUGACACUACUCCUGCUCUGUGGUUUCCUGAUUCAGGAGCUUCUGCUCAUAUGACUGCGUCUGAAGGACAAAGCAACAGGGGCAAUACUUCUGCGAGCUACUAGUAGUGGACCACUUUAUCCUCUCCAUCUGCCGUCUGCAUCACCAUUAGUUUUUGCUUCCGUUUUAGCUUCUGGCCCUGUGUGGCACCGUAGAUUAGGUCACUGUGGUGAUAGUACUUUACAGUUUCUUAAGAGAAAACAAUUUUUAUGUAGUCAUACUCCCUUUACUCAUGAGUGUGUGGCCUGUCGUUUAGGAAAAUCACAACGUUUACCUUUUAUGGAUGCUAGUCAUAAUUCUAUUUUUCCUUUGGAAAUUAUACAUUCUGAUGUGUGGCAGUCACCUGUGUAUUCAAAUUUGGGAUUCAAGUAUUAUGUAUGUUUCAUUGAUGAUUUUUCUCGUUAUACUUGGAUAUAUCCCAUGUGUCACAAAAAUGAGGUUUUCUUGCACUUUAAAAAUUUUAAAGCUUUGGUUGAAAAUCUUUUUAAUCAGAAAAUUAAAAUUUUUCAAAGUGAUGGGGGAGGUGAUUUGUUAAUAAUAAUAUGCAGCAAUUUUUCUCUGCUAAUGGCAUUUACUUUAGAAAAUCUUGCCCUGACACACCUCAACAGAAUGGGGUUG